AUGUCAGCUUCUGUUGCAGGUCCAGCAACACCUAUCGAAUCUACAUUUGCACUGGUAAAUCACGACAACUUGGAUAACUUACCACCCCCACGAAGAUCAGUAUCAACCACAAGACAAUCAAAACUUGUGGAAUUCGAAAAUCAGACUCAGAGCCAGACUCAUACUCAGACUCAGAGUCAGACUCAGAGUCAAAUCCAAAAUGCAAAUACUCCACGUGUUAUUCCCGAUCUAUCAUCAUCUACAAACACACAACUAGCCACCCCACACUCGACAUCCUCAACCUCAAUCUCAUCGCAAAUGCACAACAACCUCAAUCACCCCAACAUUGCCAAAAAAAUGCAUCGUGAAAUCAGAUUUGGCAACUACAUAUUGGGCUCAACUUUGGGAGAAGGUGAAUUUGGCAAAGUUAAAUUGGGCUGGAGGAAAGAUGGCAAACACCCCAGCCAAGUAGCUAUCAAGCUUAUCAAACGCUCAACCAUUGUAAAGGACUCCGACUCGGAGGUGAAAAUACAUCGUGAAAUAAACUCAUUAAAAAUGCUAAACCACCCAAACAUUGUAAACUUGGUUGAAGUCAUGAAAAGUGGCAAGUACGUUGGUAUAGUGCUAGAAUACGCAUCGGGUGGAGAAUUGUUUGACUACAUCUUGCAACACAAGUACUUGAAAGAACCAGUGGCCAAAAAAAUAUUUGCUCAAUUGGUUAGCGGUGUGGACUACCUCCACUCAAAACAACUCAUUCAUCGCGACUUAAAAUUGGAAAACCUCCUCUUGGAUAAACACAAAAACGUAAUCAUUAGCGACUUUGGCUUUGUCAAUUCCUUUAACCGCGAACACAAUGACUUGAUGAAAACAAGCUGCGGCUCGCCGUGCUAUGCAGCUCCAGAAUUAGUAUUGACACAAUCACCAUAUGAAGGCCGCAAGGUGGAUAUUUGGUCGCUUGGUAUAAUACUCUACGCUAUGCUCUCAGGAUACUUGCCAUUUGACGACGAUCCAGAAAACGAAGACGGCUCCGAUAUUAUUAAACUAUACCACUACAUAUGCAAAACCCCACUAACAUUCCCAGAAUAUGUCAGUCCGUUGGCGCGAGAUUUACUCCGCAAAAUUAUCGUUUCAGAUCCAAGAAAAAGAGCAACGCUUGACACCAUUAGAAACCACCCAUUCUUAACUCCAUAUUCGUCUCUCUUGUCCAUUAGACAACCUGAAUGGGACCGAAUUCAUCAACAAAAACAACAGCCACCAUCCGAACUUGUUGAACAACAGCAUCCUGGUAUCAACAAGAGAUACUCCAUGUUCAACGCUCCAACAAAUUCUUCAUCGUUAGUCAUGCCGGCCAUGCAAUACCACAACUCACACAUUGCCCACAUACAACCUCACUUGCACCAAACACAGAAAGCUCCUUCCCAGGUUCCUGUGCAAGUUCCUGUGCAGAUUCAAGCGCCAACUCAUUCGAGAUCCCAUUCGUCAACAAGUAUUAGUUUACUUUAUGCGUCUCCAUCCAUGUCUAGUAGUGGUGUUACACCACAUUUACAAGACUCAACAGACUCUCUCAUGCUCUCAAAGACACCAUCUCCAAAGAAGUCUUCAUCGGUAUCUCCAACACGAGUUCAGCAAAAAGCUGCUUCGAUUACAAACUCUUACUCUUCAGCUAGCUUUGCAUUGAAAGCAGUUGUUAAUGAUGAUAUGAUGCACAGACCGGCUGCAGUCAACACCCAAUUCAACAGCCAAUCUAUGAUAUCAACAAUUGUCGAAAGUCCAACCAAACCAACGCAUCCAACUAUAUUGCCAUCAAGAGAAACUCAUAAGCUUCCACACACGGUUCGCAAACCCAGACCAACAUCGUACCAUCCAUCAUCGAUGUCGUCAUCAAUAAUGACUGGAAGUAGCGGACCAAGCUACAAAGAUAUUAUGAAAUACUCAGUGCCUAAUACUGAUACCAACAAUAAAGACAAUCUUAGUAUCAAAAGUUCUAGCCAUAACAACAAUAACAACAAUGAAAACAAUGAGACCGAUAACAACAACCAUAACAGUAAUGAAAAUAAUAGUAGCAACAACACCAACUCAAUGACACAGUACAUCUCCACUUCUCCAACUAAAAACACCGAUUUCACCCAAAGACAAAGAGGAAGAUCUGCUUCCAAUAGGCGAAACUCAGAAGUCACUCAUGUCCACGUUAAUGGCGUGUUGAGCAAUGAGAAUAUGAUUAAUGGGACGUCACAGGAAAAUAAGAGAAACUCAGUAUUGAGUUACUUGGAAGACAAGAUUGAAGCUUUGGAGUUGACUGAAUCUCAUUCGCCAAGCAAAGUAAGUAGCCAUGAAGUUGCUGACUUGCUGGUGUCGAAAUCACCAUCACCACCUCCUAUGAACUUGACGGAAAGCUCUCAAGAAAACCUUGCAGUGGCUGCAGCUGCUGGUGAUGAAAAGGUGGUUGAAUCUGAACUGGACUCAAAACAAAACAAUGAAAGUACAGAUACACCUACAAAGUCUUCAAAGUCUGCAGAACGCAACAAGUCUAAAAACAUUACCCAGUCUAUAGUAUUAAAAGCUGAAAAGUCAGACCUGGAGAAAGAAACCAAUAAGCCUACUUCAAUCUCGGUUAAUAACAAACCAGUAGAGAAUACUAUAUCAUCAAAUAAAGAAAAGAGAGUCCCUUCAAAUGGCUCUGCGGGCUCUACCGGAUCCAAAAAGUUGCAGAAUAACGAAAAAGCUCAUUUGGGCAAAGCAAAUGAAGGUAUCAAGAAGCAAAGUACUACACAAAAGAAAGAUGAUCGUAUUUCGAAUGAUGAAGACAAGGAGAACAAGGAAGCGAAAAGGAAAAAUAGGUACAGUUUCCUUUCAUUCUACAGUACUUUUAACUCCUCUACUACAAAUUUGACAAUACCGGAGAACAAUAAGGACACAAAAAUUCAGCAUCAAGCUACUUCAACAUCUUCUCCACAAACAAAUUCAAACUCGUCCCAGCCAAAGAGAAAAGCAUUGGAGCCUACUACAGAUAAUCACAUUGUGAGAAAAUCCGAUGUUAAGCAGGAUCUGGGCUCAGUCACUUCGAGACAAGUUUCCUCAUCGGCAUCAUCAAAGAGACAUUCAAUGGCAGCAACACCAAACGCACACAAAGAGUCAAGUGCAGCCAGAAAAGUAAUGGACUUUUUCAAACGAAGAAGUGUAAGAAUAGGUUAA